AGAGAGAGGGAGAAGGAGAGGGAGAAGCAGCAGGGAGAGGAAGGGAGGGAAGCAGAAAGCCAAGGCCAAGGGAAUGAGCAAGCAAGGGGAGAGAUAGGGGAAGAAGCCUGAGAAAGAAGGAAUAACAGCUUUCCGGAGCAGGCGUGCAGUGAACUGGCUUCUAUUUUCUCUUUCUUUGCCUUUUUAUUUUUUAAAGAGAAGCAGGGAACAGAAGCAAUGGCCGAGGGAGAAGACAAGCCGAGGUGCUGGUGACCCUGGGCGUCCAAGUGGAUUAUUGUUCCUGGGGCCUGUUCUCCCUGCCUUCCAAUUGCACAUACCCCCACUUCCCAGCCAAUGAAGAGGAGAGGCAGCGUGAACAAAGUCAUUUAGAAAGCCCCCGAGGAAGUGUAAACAAAAGAGAAAGCAUGAAUGGUGUGCCCGAGAGACAAGUGUGUCGGGCUGCCCCCACCUUGAGCUGGGCCAGCACGGCCCAGCCCUGCCUCUCCCCACCUACUCACUGGUGAUCUGACUUUUUUUUUUUUUUAAACAAUUUUUUUUUUCCUUUUCUUUUCCAUUCUCUUUUCUUACCCUCCUUCAGGGCAAGGCAAGGAUUUUGAUUUUGGGACCCAGCCACGGUCCUUCUGCUCCUUCUUUAAAAUACCCACUUUCUCCCCAUCGCCAAGCGGCAUUUGGCAAUAUCAGAUAUCCGCUCUAUUUAUUUUUACCUAAGGAAAAACUCCAGCUCCCUUCCCACUCCCAGCUGCCUCGCCACCCCUCCCAGCCCUCUGCUUGCCCUCCACCUGGCCUGCUGGGAGUCAGAGCCCAGCAGAACCUGUUUAGACACAUGGAGAAGAAACCCAGAGCUACAAGGCACACAGUCGGCUUCUUCGCGCUCAGGGUUGCCAGCGCUUCCUGGAAGUCCUGAAGCUCUCGCAGUGCAGUGAGUUCAUGCACCUUCUUGCCAAGCCUCAGUCUUCGGGAUCUAGGGAGGCCGCCUGGUUUUCCUCCCUCCUUCUGCACGACUGCUGGGGUCUCCUCCUCGCCAGGCCUCGCAGCCCCCCUGGCCUCUCUCCCCAGCUUGCGCAUGAAGAUGCACUUGCACAGGGCUCUGGUGGUCCUGGCCCUGCUGAACUUUGCCACGGUCAGCCUCUCUCUGUCCACUUGCACCACCUUGGACUUUGGCCACAUCAAGAAGAAGAGGGUGGAAGCCAUUAGGGGACAGAUCUUGAGCAAGCUCAGGCUCACCAGUCCCCCCGAGCCAUCGGUGAUGACCCACGUCCCCUACCAGGUCCUGGCCCUUUACAACAGCACCCGGGAGCUGCUGGAGGAGAUGCAGGGGGAGAGGGAGGACAGCUGCACUCAGGAAAACACCGAGUCGGAGUACUAUGCCAAAGAAAUCCAUAAAUUCGACAUGAUCCAGGGGCUGGCGGAGCACAAUGAGCUGGCCGUCUGCCCCAAAGGGAUCACCUCCAAGGUCUUCCGCUUCAACGUGUCCUCAGUGGAGAAAAAUGGAACCAACCUGUUCCGAGCGGAAUUCCGGGUCUUGCGGGUGCCCAACCCCAGCUCUAAGCGCAGUGAGCAGAGGAUCGAGCUCUUCCAGAUACUCCGGCCCGAUGAGCACAUCGCCAAACAGCGCUAUAUCGGUGGCAAAAAUCUGCCCACACGGGGCACCGCCGAAUGGCUGUCUUUCGACGUCACUGACACCGUGCGGGAAUGGCUCUUGCGAAGAGAGUCUAACUUAGGUCUGGAAAUCAGCAUUCACUGUCCGUGUCACACCUUUCAGCCCAAUGGAGACAUCUUGGAAAACAUUCAUGAGGUGAUGGAAAUCAAAUUCAAAGGUGUGGACAGCGAGGAUGAUCAUGGCCGUGGGGAUCUCGGGCGCCUCAAGAAGCAGAAGGACCACCACAACCCUCACCUCAUCCUCAUGAUGAUUCCCCCGCACCGGCUGGACAACCCGGGCCAGGGCGGGCAGAGGAAGAAGCGGGCCCUGGACACCAACUACUGCUUCCGCAAUUUGGAGGAGAACUGCUGUGUGCGCCCUCUCUACAUUGACUUCCGACAAGAUCUGGGCUGGAAAUGGGUCCACGAACCUAAGGGCUACUAUGCCAACUUCUGCUCAGGCCCCUGCCCCUACCUCCGCAGUGCGGACACAACCCACAGCACGGUGCUGGGACUGUACAACACCCUGAAUCCCGAAGCCUCUGCCUCACCUUGCUGUGUGCCCCAGGACUUGGAGCCCCUGACCAUCCUGUACUAUGUCGGGAGGACCCCCAAGGUGGAACAGCUCUCUAACAUGGUGGUCAAGUCCUGUAAGUGUAGCUGAGAGCCCGCCUGCGACAGAGAGAGAGGAAAGAGAACUGCCACUGCCUGACUGCCUGCUCCUCGGGACACACAAAAGCAACACUCCUCACCUAGAGGCCUGGAGCCCGCAACCUUCAGCUCCAGGCAAAUGGCUGAGACGGAAGUUCCCUUUUGGGACAUUUCUCCUUCUUGCUGGCUCUGAGAAUCACUGUGGUAAAGAAAGUGUGGGUUUGGUUAGGGGAAGGCCCAACGCUUCAGAAUACACAGAUUUUCUGUGACCUAGACAGACGUGGUGGGGACGGAGGAAGAGGGAUGGCGAGUCGGCACCUGACACAUGGUGUGGCAAUGGAUCUGGGAAACCCUAGGGAGGAGGAAGGGCAGAGAACGGCCGGGACAGGGCCAGGCUGGAAGACGCUUCUGAGGUCAGAUUGGCUCAUCGCUGCCCCACAUCCGCUCUAGGGAACCUGGAUCACUUUAGACAAGGCAAGCAUUUUCCUUCAGGCAGGUUACCUAGACAGCGUCCCAGAUUUGUAGCUCAUACUCCCUGGGAUUAAGGAUGAAUCUGCUUUUUGCAAAUGGUCCUCUCAACAUCAGUCAGCACCGAGGGUCAUUACAGGGAGAAAAUCCAGGUAAUGUCGUUCCCGGGCCAUCAACUGGAUUGGGCCGUAUGGACACGCCGAACUCAGAAGCGGAGGGUGGGAUGAACGCUCUCCUGCCCGCCCUCUGGGCCCCUCCUCUCGCCUUCUUCCUCGACCGUAUUUCCCCUUGGACAUCUGGCUAGACACCGUCCAGGUCAGGGUGCACGUAUCUGGAUUAUGGUCUGUGCAGUCUUGGGGCAUUAUGGGUUCCCCUCUAUCCCCCAAGACCCUGUGUUCAUCUGGUGUUCCUGGAAGCAGGUGCUAGAACGGGUGAGGCAUGCGGGGAAGCAGCAAAUGCGCCACACGACUUGGCCCCAGACACAUAGACUGAGGUAUAAAGACAAAUACAAAUAUUACUCUCAAAAUCUUCGUAUAAAUAAAUAUUUUUGGGGAAUCUUGGAUCAUUUCCAUCUUCUGGAAGAUUGUUUCUAGAACAGUAAAAAGCCUUUUCUAAGGAGGAAGUCUGACUGGAUGAAUAUCCUUAAUCACUCUUUUCUUAAUUCCCUGUUCAUAUCCACUAACUAGAGGGAACGGGAGCCCGGGGCAGGGAAUCUCGAGCACACGGCUUAGUGUGAGUCCCCUGGACACCGGUAAACUGCACUGCCUCUGCCAUCGGAGGGAGAAGACUCAACUGUUAUUGGUGUUCCUUCCUUUCCUUCUCGUGAAGUAGUUUGCUCUCAGACACACACAGAGGCAGUGGCAGCGGCUCAGACGGGCAGAAAGUGUAAGUGUGGGCCAAAAUCACUUGGGGUGAGCCCUUGUACGUGGAAGUGUGUUGGUUUGUACAUUCACUAUCCAUGAAGAAUAUCAUUUUUGAAAAUCUGAUCUCACCUGCCACAUCAGUGGAGAAUGAGAGAAACUGUCUGGCAAAUGGCCUAAGAAGACGAGGCUAAUUCUGUUAUCAGGUUAAGCUCGCCAGGAAACCCUUUACAGACAGAGGGCCUCUUGUCAAUGAUUUAGGGAUGGGAGAGGGCAGGGAAAGAACAAUCCCACAGUUCUGUUUCGAGGUCCCAGAUCCCAGAGCAAUGCAGAAUUCCACUGGGGCGUUGACGUCCACCUGAAGCAACCAUCUGCAAUGAGUGAGGAACCACCUAGCAGCUCCCCAAAAACAUGUUCCUCUAUUGAAAUCACCGUGCCAUUGGUGAAAAAGUCUCUCUGAAGCUAAAAUUUGCAGGUCGAAGGGUCUGUGUGGUAUGUGUGUGUGUGUGAAGAUGUAUCUUGCUCCUUCUGGAGUUCUCCCGGAUUGAACUCCUGACUUUGGUCACUAAGUCUUUCUUUCUCGCUUUGUCCAUGCUCAACCAAUCCUAAGAGCUUCUCUAAGGCUUUGUCCCCUGCGGUCUUGAUCCCGUUGUACUUUGGGGGCUGUGUCCCUGCCCUAAAUUCAUGGCUCCUGGGAUUGUGGUCCAUCCUACCCAGGGAAGCUAGUGGGCCUAGAGAGGGGCCAGCCCUGUGGCCAUGGGCCAUUGCUAUCCCAAGCUUCAGAGUCUACUCACUCGUGGCAGCUGUUCUCAAGUUUCAGUGGGCAGGAGAAGCACCCAAGGGUUUACUAAAAAUGUGCAACUUCAGGCUGCAGCUCUGGAGGUGUCUUUAGGCCUGGGGGAAGGUCCAGGCUGCCUAGAAGCUCCCUUUUGAGCAGCUUAUACCUGACAUCAUUGGUCCUUACUUAAGGCUUAAGGAAGAAAGGAGUACUCUUUCUGACCCUGGAAUAAACCUUCCUUCUUAUCCAACCUCAUAGGACAUCACUAAAAUGUUGGCCUGUGGCUCAUCCUAAUGAACCGAGGCAAUGAGAUAUGUUUCUUGAAGUAUCCCAAAGAAAACAGAACACACUGUGAUUCCAAAUGUUCUUUUUAUAUUAGGGCUCUAUUCUUAUCUUUACCAGCAGAUACAAAUAUGGACGGGGGUCUGAAGUCCAGUCUCUGCAUUCCACAUGCCACUUAUAGGCACUGCAGAAACUUGAACCAUUGUAGGUCUUAAAAAAAAUACACGCUUGUUUUGGGGGAAGGGAGGUAGGGACACGUGGAAAUGACACGGUUGUUGGAGGUGGCGGGGCGGAUCGUAUGAUCUGUUUUGUUUGUUACCAAGACUUGGACUUGUCACGAGAAGUCCAGUACAGGAGAGGUGACGUGAAAAGUACUUGGUUAAAUGAAGGAGAGAUCUGGAGUCCGGUCUCACACCGGAUAAGCAAGUGGUGAGUGCAGUAAGAGAUCAGGUUGAGGACUCAAUUCUGACGGUUACCUAGGGCAAUUCCAAGUGGUCUAGUAGGUCUCAAAGGUUUUUUGGUUUUUGGUUUUUAAACCGGGCUCAUACCCUCUUAUCCUCUCCCACAAGAUCCAUAUGCUGAGUCUCCCCAAACAUCUCAUUUCCUGGUUCUACACAUCACUUAGGGAAUCAUGAAGGAACUCCGAUUUGUCUCCCGUUAACCAAUUCACAACCAAAUUAGCAAACGGUUAAGAUGGACCUCAAGCUACUAACCAGAAAUCCCAUGAAUACGUUCUCUCUUCUCCCGCAAAGUGACGGUCUUCAUCCCUCACACGCAAACAAGACGCUUCAAUGUGCUCAAACCUGUUUUCGUUCGCUAAGAAGUCAAUAAAGUCCCUUUUCUCUCUUC